UCAUAUAUCUGUGUAUAUAUAGGUCUAAAACUGCAACCCAUUAUACUCUUAGUUCACAUAUACCAAUUCCAAAAUAAAAAAUACUUCUAAGAAAUGAGAACUACAAUAGAGAAUAGCCCAGGGCCUCUUGAAACAUCAUCUCCAAUUCCAUUUCUAAACACAAGAGGAUCUCUUUCAUCCACUCCUGGCAUUCACUUAACUUGGCAGGACCUCUGGGUGACGGUGCCGGAUAAGGCCGGAAGGCGGCGACCCAUCCUCCGCGGCCUCACCGGCUAUGUCCAGCCGGCCGAGGUCCUAGCCAUCAUGGGCCCCUCCGGCUGCGGCAAGUCCACCCUCCUCGAUGCAUUAGCAGAGAGGCUCCAUUUCAACACUACACAGGAGGGAGACAUCCUUGUCAACGGCCGCAAGCAGCGCCCUCCAUUUGGCACUUCAGCAAGAACAAUAUAUAGUACUAAUACUUAUAUAAUACUCUGAUGGUUGGACGAAUUUUUGAUGGUAAUAAAUGCAGGUAAAAAAUAUAGAUCACGACACAAGGAAUUACGUGGUUCGAUUUACUGAGGUAAAUCUACGUCCACGGGAAGAAAGGAGGGCAAGAUUGUAUUGCUUGAUCUGAUUUACAGCUUACAAAUACAGACUUGCUAUAUGAUAUUUGAUGUCUAGAGAGCUCUCUCCCCUAUCUGAUCUAAGUUCUAUUUAUACAUCUGAACCCAGAUCGUGGCUUCCAGGUUGACAACUGCUUCAUACCACUAAAUAGAUCGUGGGUGUGGUGGAGGUCGUGGAGGUCCUGCAUGGGUCCACUAUCCAAGAUCGUGGCUUGCAUCACCACUAACUAGGUCGUGGAUGUCGUGGA